AUGGCAGCAGAGAAUCAUAAGCGCAAAGCUUCCGAGGAAGCGCUUUCCCCGGAUUCGCAACAACAGAGCAAGAAGGCGCGCACGGAUUCCCCAGAGAAGGAGCCCAAGGUUCGUUUAUAUGUGGGUGGAGGGUGUUCUAAGCGAAGAUGCGCUGACAAUAUGGCUGUUCAGACAGAGGAUGAGCCUUUGGGAAAGCCGCCACUCCGGAUCGUUCCCUUUCCCGAGAAGCCGGCAGUACUAGAAGAACGUCGCGGCGAGAUUGAAUUCCGAGUGGUCAACAACGAUGGGUCGCGGGAUAGCUUCGUCAUUCUCACCGGGUUGAAGUGCAUCUUCCAAAAACAACUACCCAAGAUGCCAAAAGAUUACAUUGCGCGACUGGUCUACGAUCGAUCGCAUCUGUCGAUCGCCAUCGUUAAACAUCCGUUGGAGGUGGUAGGGGGGAUUACAUACCGACCCUUCAACAGUCGCAAAUUCGCAGAAAUCGUGUUCUGCGCCAUCUCCUCUGACCAACAAGUCAAGGGCUACGGUGCCCAUCUAAUGUCCCACUUGAAGGAUUACGUCAAAGCGACAUCUCCUAUCAUGCAUUUCUUGACGUACGCAGAUAACUACGCUAUUGGGUACUUUAAAAAACAAGGAUUUACGAAGGAAAUCACGCUGGAUAAAUCUAUAUGGAUGGGUUACAUCAAAGAUUACGAGGGCGGAACGAUCAUGCAGUGCACAAUGCUACCGAAGAUACGAUAUCUCGAAGUCGGUCGUAUGCUUCUGAAGCAGAGAGAAGCGGUUCAUGCGAAGAUUCGCGCGUUCAGUCGGUCUCACAUCAUCCACCCGCCGCCCAAGGAAUGGAAGAAUGGGCCGUGCAAGAUUGAUCCGCUGAGCAUUCCGGCAAUCAAGGAGUCCGGAUGGUCUCCGGACAUGGACGAAUUGGCACGUCAACCUCGCCAUGGACCCAAUUACAACCAACUACUCCACCUGCUCAACGACAUGCAGAACCACAGUGCCGCCUGGCCGUUCACACAGCCGGUCAAUCGCGACGAGGUGCCAGAUUAUUACGAAGUUAUCAAGGAACCAAUGGAUCUGUCGACUAUGGAGGAAAAGCAUGAGAAGGACAUGUACCCGACUCCGCAGGACUUCAUCAAGGAUGCAAUGUUGAUCUUUGACAAUUGCCGGCGGUACAACAACGAGAAUACGCCAUAUGCCAAGAGUGCGAAUAAGCUGGAGAAGUUUAUGUGGCAACAGAUCCGCAACAUCCCCGAGUGGUCGCAUUUGGCCGAUGGACAUUGA